AUGCAAGACUUCAACUUCCCCCCAAAUAUCUUCACCACCAUAAAGCCAGCCUUGAUGAAUCCAUUCACCCGAGCAAACGCGGCCUGGCACUUGGUUGGUCUUGCGUCUGAACUCCCGAACAUCGAUGAUGACGGUGCUCGCAUUGUACCAAGGUGCAACGCUUUCAACAUUCCCAAGACAAAUGGCCCUAUGGAACGAGUUGAAGACAUCGAUUUACCGGGAGACUUGAAAGAUCAAGUCCUAGUAUUUAAAUACAAGGGAAAAUAUCAUGCGAUUGACCAUGUGAGUACGACUCGGACUAUGUGGACGGAAUUGAGCUCAUUCUUUAAGCAAUGCCCUCACUCGUCGUUCCCGCUUUCACAGGGCAACCUUUUUGAUAUUGAAGACUUUGGGAUUGUGCUUAGCGCAGGAAUCACAUGUCCUAAACACGGUUGGUCCUUCGAUCUCUUCUCUGGGCGGGCAGAUCGCGGGAACUAUUCACUCAAAGUGUGGGAGGUGCAGUUGCGCGAUUUGUCGACGCCCGGGAGCACCGACCAGGAGGUUUGGGUGAGGCGCAAACAAAGAAUCGGUUGA